UAAUUUUUCCGUUGAAAUUCUUUGCAAAAUUUUAACGAAAUGAUUUUUUUUUCGACAGCGCCGGCGGGAAGAAUGCGAGCGAAAGGCGAGGAGAGGGGAGAUGGACCCUCGUUUGGAGUUUACAUUUCAACUCCUUAUGGACGCCACGGGGUUGCCGAGAAACGAAAUUAUGGACCACGUUUUCGAAGGAGAUAUGUUGGACGAGAUAAAUCAACUAUUUCUACCACACAUGAAAACCAAAUUGAUGUGGUUUUAUCAAGACAUGGAGGAACCUUCUCCAGAGCCCGUCGUGGAUCCCAACAAACCAGGCCCCAGUAGACAACUCCAGCCAAGCACCAGCAGAGGAAAUCUAUUACAGCAACAUCUCACCUACAAGAAAAAACUAUUUUUAACUGACGGAAUCAGCGUACCAUUGACAGGAACUUUAAUUUAUAUUUUCAGAACCAACAGUGGAAAGCAGUUGCCUGAAGAAGGUUUUCAAAAGGAUCUUUUCUGUGGUAUAAUUGACUCACAUAAUGUGGGAUUAGUCACCAGUAUUCAAAGAGUGAUAGAAUAUGUAUUUAUGGAAGUCCUAGCACAUCCUAGUCUUGAUUGUGAAGAUGAUGCAGCCAGUUGUCCAAUGGUUAAAAAUAAUUUACUGCCAAAUCUAAGAUCUUUUUGCAGUGUUUUAAAAGUAUGCGAAGAAGUAUGUGGAGGUGGUAAUUUAUUUGACGACGGCAAGACAAUAAUGGCCAAUAAUGACGCAGAAGAACUUAAAGAAAUCGCAAAGCAACCCGAUCAAGUGAUUCCUCUAGAGAACAGAGUGAAAGUGUGGAUAAAAAAAUUAGACGAAAUUCUGAAAGAAAGUGAACAAAUCCGAAGAGAAAAUGACUCAUCAGGUCCCCAAGACGAACUGGAGUAUUGGAAGAAAAGGGGAGCUCAAUUUUCGCAAAUCGUGAAUCAAGUAAAUACGCCGGAAGUCCAAAUGACCAUUUUGUGUUUGAAAUUAGCACAUGCAAAAAUUUUGAAGGAAUGGAGGGAGACCGAUAAAAAAAUAACGUUUUGCUAUAACGAGGCCAAGGAUAACGCUAAAUUUAUACAAGCUUUAGAAACAAAAUGCCAUUCGUUGUAUCUGGAUGAUCCGGUUAAAAUGAGAAGAUCUAUUAUGGGGCUUUUGCAAACAGUCAGAUUGAUUCACAGCGUUUCUCAAUUUUAUAACACUUCAGAAAGAACGUCUGCUCUUAUGGUCAAAGUAAGAACAAACAUGUUUUUUAAAACUACUUAUCUACUAAAAUAA